CCUCCUCCUGAUUCACUCCAACACAUCCCUUGUUUCUCCUGUGUUGUGAGCCCCAGGGCUGGAGGCAGCUCUGCAGGUGAGAUCUCGCCUCAAUGGAGAAGAGAGGCACAAUCCCCUCCCUGACCUGCUGCCCACACUUGUGAUGCAGCCCAGGACUGGGGAGGUGUCUGGGCUGCCAUCAGCCAUUGUUGGGUCAUGUUGAGCUUCUCAUCCACCAACACCCCAAAUCCUUCUCCCCAGGGCUGCUCCCCAUCCAUUCUCUGUACCUGUUCUUGGAAUUGCCCAAGCACAAUAUCCAGCUCCUCAGACCAGAGGGAGCAGCCUCAAGGCUCUGUUUGUUUGUACCAGGCAUUCCUCUGCAGGCAGUUACUUGUGAGAUAUGUAGACAUGCUCUUAAUAUAGCAGAGUCCUAUGCGUAAAACCGGUCAAAAUAACACCAGAAGUGACAAGGUUGAGAAGGCAUUUAAAAGUUAAGAGAUGGCUGCCUUCAGGAUGCCCACAGAACCCCUGUGGGUGUGUGUGGUUCAUCCUUAAUUACACUUUUGGAGGUAUUUUUUUAUUCCAGAGGACACUGCCCCGUUCCCCGCACGCGAUGCUGGUACUCACUUGCUGAAAAGCCAUUCAGGGUUAGGGUUUGUUUUUUUUUUCCUUCUUCAUCCUCAUCUCUGCAGCAUCCGAGUGCUUUGGCCAGAGCAGUUGCUCUGAUGACUUUUUUUUUUUCCUUUGGUGACGCUCUAUUGUAGUUUCUGCUUUACAAAGAACCAGAGCACAGAGAAGCAAAGGUCAAAGAAUCUAUUAAUUUCGGGUGCCCAAUUUGAAGUAGCCAGUGCAAGAUAUUCAGGACUCUCUGUUCAAAGCGCAGAUUCCUCUCAUGCCUUUCUUUGUUUUCUUCCAACCCCCUGCUUUGUUCAUUGCCCUCGUCCAACUUCUGCCUCUUGGGCGCUGUAAUUAUGAUUUUUUAAAUUCAGAUGUUGCUCUUAGGCUUCGAGUGUUUUCAUCGCUGCCUGAAAAGCUGUAGCUGAGAUCCACUAGGCAGCAAAUGUUCCCUUUCUCUCAAGGUAAACAACGAGUCAGGGAAGGUCACUCCAGGUAAAAAGCCACAGGUCUGGAAGAACAGGACAUAAUUCAAGCCAAAGUACUCAUGAGCGAUGUGGAGAUCUCUUCACCUCUCCUACCCUCUGCAGCUCCCAUGAAGCUCAUCACAGAGCAAGGGCAGCACAAAGAAGCUGGAUCUGGGAUAGAAUAAACUGGGGGUUACCUCAGGUGCUGAGGGCUUGGGUCCAUUGUUGCUUUAGCAGAGGCAGCUGUGGAGGAAUUGCGUUUGGGGAAGCAGAGGAGACCACGGCAGCAGUGGGAGGGCAGAGGGAAGCCAGCGGUACCGAGCGUGUGCCUCUUGUGUUGGGAAUAGCUUGUACUUGUGGGACUUGGUCAAAUGCCAGGAAAACCCUGAGGGUGAGGCUGCAGUGCUCCUCUUGAGAUGUUCCAGCCCCUGGAGCCCUUGGGAACAGCACUGCUGAACACUGUGUGCUCUCAGCUGCCCCAGGCACAGCCGGAUCCAUCCACACAAGGACACGUGUCCUGGGCUCCCUCCAAGCUGGAGCUUCCAGCACAUCCACCUUUUAUUCCUGCUGCAGAAUCCUCUGGCCAGGAAGGUUUUGAGGGACCGUGUCCCACAUCUGAAAACGCUCUCCAGCCUCAGCACUUGGCUUUGGCACAGGGAAGCAGUGGGGCAGCGAGGGGAGGAUUUGUGAGCCUGCAUUGGCUGGUGGCUGGUGAGUUUGCAAAGGAUCUACCCCAAACACGGGACAGGAGCUGGAGAGAUGAGCACAGCUGAGACCUCAGAGGGCCCCUGGGGUGUGGGUUUGAGUAGGAGAGAGCUGAGAAGGAUUUGGGAAAAGGAGAAAUGAUAAUUCACUGUGGAACAAUGCCUGGAUGGCUCCAAAGGGGACCUGGCACCCAUCUGUCCAGGCAUUUCCUGCUGCCACAGGGGAUUCCUGUGCUCCUCCUUGCUGCUUCCUCCACCUUUGGAUCUCUGCAUCACUGUUGCUGUUGGAAACACCAGUAUUUCAUAAGCUGGAGAGCUCAGGGCUGCAGAAACAGCACAAAAGCAGCUCGAGGACAUACAGAAGCAGGAAAAGCAAUUUAUUUUUUUUUAAGCAAACUUGCACAGAAAUGUUUGGGCCAAGGAACAUCUUAACCUUAAGUCCAGCCUCCCACUCUGAGCAGGACUGUACCCAGGGUGUCAGCCACGUUCUGGCCAAGCCCUAAAUCCCCUAAGUCAGGGGGGUACAGUUUAGGUGGUCUGUGUCCCAGGGCAGCAGUGUCUCCCAGCAAGAGCUGGAUGUGAGCCUCCCGUGUCCCACUUUGCCACUGGUGCCUUUUGUCACAGUCCAGCACGGUGGGGAGGAGCUUGCCUGUGUCUCUACACCCACUUUUCCUGUGUUCGUAGCCGGUUCUUAGCUCACCAUCAGCUCCUCAGGACUGUGCAGGGCUUUUUUCCCCGCCGCUGGCACCAUUUGCUCAUAGUGAAAGCACAGAAACCCUCCUUCAAACCCCCUGUGCUCCCCCAAAACCAGGGCAGCAGCCAGAGCAUUUGUGGGCACACCUGUGGGCAUGAGUCACCAGCACCUGCAUCUCCCAUGGGACCCAGCCCCAUCUCCCACGCUGGGGGCUUUCUGUCCAUGUGGAGGGGUCCAGAGAGCAACUCCCCCCACACCAGAACCUCCAGAGUGCUGAACUGGGGAGAUGGGAAGCCCUGGAAGGGGCAACUGCUCCGUAUUUCCUGCUAGACCCAGCCCCAUGCCCGAGAGAACAUCCAGAGCAUCCUAUCCUGCCCUUGGAAGGGGUGGCAGCAGGGCUGGGCCUGGGGAAGGAGCUGGACACACCACUCGUGUUUUCCAUGCUGGAAACCUCCCUACAUGCCAGUUCAUGAGGAUGAAGCUGUAAAUCAGCUGGAAAAACUUCUCAGUCCUCAUCAUCACCACCGGGGGAAAGAACUGUCUGGGAGGAGAGAUAAGGAGUGCGUUGGUGGUCCUUCAAUGUCCCCUUCCUCCAGGCUGCAUGCUGGUGAUUUAAUUAGGGAUUGAUAUUUAUUUUUUCACUUUUAAUUUCACAAUGAAUGUGAGCAAGGCGAGCCCAGAUGCAAAUAGGAGCUGAGGCCCUUCUGCAGGGACCCCAGGGGACGCCCCAGCCACCCCACACUGAGUCACCACAGCUCCCGGCAGGAGCCAGGAGGGGACGGAGGGGUGACAAGGCAGAGCUGCCUACUGAAAAAAAAAAUAAAAAUAAAAGUCCCCAGUUUGUUGGUUUAGUAAGGAGAGGAAAAUAGAAGUUAAUGCUGCGACCUAGUGGAGAAAAAAUAGACAUGCAGAGCUGAUUGAGACGAGGGGAAAGCAGAAGUUUGUGGAAUUUGUGCCUGGUGGAGGCUGGACCGCAGAAAGCUCUGCUAGUGUGGCUUAUUUUUACAGGAUUUCACACCUGAGAACGUGGUCUGCAGACUGUUCAGGCUUCCAGAAGGUGCUCAGCUUAGCCCUAAAUGAUCUGGGGCUUGUAACUAGGUGAUAUUUAAGGUCCCUUGCACUCCAAACCGCUCUGUGAUUCUGUGUUUCUGUAAUAAAAGGGCUGUGACCAUCACGUUAAACCCAGCACAACUCCAAUGUGACCGCAAACGGGGUGGAUGAAGGUCUGCUCCCAGCAGCGUCCACUUGGGCUGGGAUCUGUGCUCCCAAGUUCUUCAUCCAGCCCCAGCAGGAACUGGGAUUGGAGAAGAAACUGUUUGCUGGCAAAAAUGGGGGGGAAAUUCAUCACUGGUGAGAUGAAUUGCCUGCAGCUGUGUAAGCCUGAGCUUGGCACGGUCUGGGAUGAGAUCCAGUGCCAGAGCACCUGGACUCAGGAAGUGGAAAAUCCCUAAAACACAGGUUCUGGGUCAGUAAUCGCCCAAAUGGGAGACACAAACAGCACCUGAGCUAAAGGCUACUUGAAAUUCCCUGUUUACCACAACAAGCAGAUUUAUGACCGGGUAUAUAUUGCUCUGGGACUCCUGAGGGAUCAGUCAAGUGUUUCUCCAGGGACAAGACGAAAGGAACUCUUUGGCUGCCUGUUCUGAGACUCUGCUUCAAGGGGAGCAAGAGCCCUUCACUGAAAUCCUCCUGCAAUGCUGUGGCUGCUGCUGCUGCAGGUGACGGCGAGCUGCCUCUGGCUGGGACACAGCGAGGUGGUGAAGUCCUUUGAAAGUUCAUGUCCUCAGUUUUUUUUCCGGGAGAUCCCCCCAAAUGAAGCCCUGGAGCCGCAGAAACCAGCCUGGAUCUGCCAGCGCUACAAGAACCAGUAUUACUUUGCCACCCUGUACGACAUGAAGAUGCGUAUUCCUGUCUACUCUGCUUACAUCUACCAGCCUGGACCUGGCAAAAGACCUAAAACAUGGCUGGUUGAGCCCCAGCUGAUUGGCCUAAAUUAUCCUAAAACUAUGGAAAAAGAAUGGACACUCUUAAAUCGAUACAAUGUCAGCUUAGAGAAACUCAGACAGAGCCAGGCUAUCCUUCAUGACUACAAGAACCUGACGGGUUUGAACCGAGGCCAUUUGAACCCCAAUGGCCACCAUGAUGACUACAGCAGCAGGAUGGCUACCUUCACCCUCACCAAUAUAGUGCCCCAGGAUGAGAAACUCAACGGCGGUGCCUGGAACAACUACGAGCAGCAAACAAUGAUCAGGAGGACCCAGGACUGUAAAACCACCUAUGUCAUCGUGGGAGCUGUGCCUGGGAACAACUACAUUGCCAAGGGGAGGGUUAAUAAACCCAGCUACCUCUGGUCAACUGCCUGCUGUGUGAUGGACAACAACUACAUAAAAGCUUGGGCGGUCAUCGCUGAGAACGACAAGAACCAGGUUCAGCUCCUCACACUGGGGGAGCUGGAGGACACUUUAACUGAGCUCUAUGGGAGGGGACAGGUUUCCCUGUUUGACAGUGACUGUCCCCGGGAAUAAGCCUCACAUCCUGGGUGGAACAGGCUCAGGAGCUUUUGCCGCAUGUCAUAGAAUCACAGAAUGGUUUGGGUUGGAAGGAAUUUCAAAGACCAUUCAUGUAGACUCAGCUUCCAUGCCAUGGGCAGGGACACCUUUCACUAUCCUCAGUGGCUCCAAGCCCUGUCCAACCUGGCUUUGAACACUU